AACGGAAUGGGUGGAAGAGUUGGAAGUCCAUCGAACCCCAUGGAUCCCUAUCGAACACCCGCCUGCUAGAAACUUCGCUGGAGUUGCCAUUUGACCGCCCACCACUAUAUCAACGUUGACCCUCGCUCAUAUUUCUGAUCCUGGCAUUCAUCCAUUUCCUACACUACUCAACUACUACUACUACUUCACUACUAUCAACUCUCCUCCCUUUCCUCUAAACCGCUUCACAAGUCUCCUAUACCCAUCCUAGAGACUUCUAUACAUCGCGCAUACCCCUCCUAACGAAUUCUCCCCCUUUCACACACACACACACACUUCAUCACACAUCAUGGCCCCCGCUGUCGGUAUCGAUUUGGGAACCACCUACUCCUGCGUGGGUGUCUUCCGUGAUGACCGUAUCGAAAUCAUUGCCAACGACCAGGGUAAUCGCACCACUCCUUCGUUCGUGGCUUUCACCGAUACCGAGCGUCUGAUCGGUGAUGCCGCCAAGAACCAGGUUGCCAUGAACCCUCACAACACCGUCUUCGAUGCUAAGCGUCUGAUCGGUCGUCGUUUUGCGGAUGCCGAGGUUCAGUCCGAUAUGAAGCACUGGCCUUUCAAGGUCGUCGAUGACAAGGCUGGCAAGCCCAUCGUUGAGGUUGAGUUCAAGGGCGAGACCAAGCAGUUCACCCCGGAGGAGAUUUCUUCCAUGAUCCUUACCAAGAUGCGUGAGACUGCUGAGUCUUACCUUGGUGGUACCGUCAACAACGCUGUCAUCACUGUUCCCGCUUACUUCAACGACUCUCAGCGUCAGGCCACCAAGGAUGCUGGUCUCAUUGCUGGCUUGAACGUUCUCCGUAUCAUCAACGAGCCCACCGCUGCUGCCAUCGCUUACGGUUUGGACAAGAAGACUGAGGGUGAGCGUAACGUUCUCAUCUUCGACUUGGGUGGUGGUACUUUCGAUGUCUCCCUCUUGACCAUCGAGGAGGGUAUCUUUGAGGUCAAGGCUACCGCUGGUGACACUCACCUCGGUGGUGAGGACUUCGACAACCGCCUUGUGAACCACUUCGUCAAUGAAUUCAAGAGAAAGCACAAGAAGGACUUGACCACCAACGCUCGUGCUCUCCGCCGUCUCCGCACCGCCUGCGAGCGUGCCAAGCGUACUCUCUCUUCCGCCGCCCAGACUUCCAUUGAGAUCGACUCUCUCUUUGAGGGUAUCGACUUCUACACCUCCAUCACCCGCGCUCGUUUUGAGGAGCUCUGCCAGGAUCUCUUCCGCUCCACCAUGGAGCCCGUUGAGCGUGUCCUUCGUGAUGCCAAGAUCGACAAGGCCUCCGUUCACGAGAUUGUCUUGGUUGGAGGCUCCACUCGUAUCCCCAAGAUCCAGCGCCUCGUUUCCGACUUCUUCAACAAGGAGGCCAACAAGUCCAUCAACCCCGAUGAGGCCGUUGCCUAUGGUGCCGCUGUCCAGGCUGCUAUCCUGUCUGGUGACACUUCUUCCAAGUCCACCAACGAGAUUCUCCUGCUCGACGUUGCCCCUCUCUCUCUCGGUAUCGAGACUGCUGGUGGUGUCAUGACUGCUCUGAUCAAGCGUAACACCACUAUCCCCACCAAGAAGUCCGAGACUUUCUCCACCUACUCCGACAACCAGCCCGGCGUCCUGAUCCAGGUCUACGAGGGUGAGCGUGCUCGUACCAAGGACAACAACCUGCUUGGCAAGUUCGAGCUCACUGGCAUCCCCCCCGCUCCCCGCGGUGUUCCCCAGAUUGAGGUUACCUUCGAUCUUGACGCCAACGGUAUCAUGAACGUCUCCGCUAUCGAGAAGGGUACCGGUAAGACCAACAAGAUCACCAUCACCAACGACAAGGGUCGUCUCUCCAAGGAAGAGAUUGAGCGCAUGCUUGCGGAUGCCGAGAAGUUCAAGGCUGAGGAUGAGGCUGAGGCUUCCCGUAUCCAGGCCAAGAACGGUCUUGAGUCCUACGCCUACUCCCUCAAGAACACCCUCAGCGAGGGCAAGCUCACCAUCAACGAUGCCGAUAAGGAAAAGGUCACCGCCAAGAUUGACGAGACCAUCAGCUGGCUCGACUCCAACCAGACUGCCACCAAGGAGGAGUAUGAGUCUCAGCAGAAGGAGCUUGAGGGCGUUGCCAAUCCCAUCAUCUCCGCUGCCUACGGUGCCGCUGGUGGUGCCCCUGGCGGUGCCGCCCCCGGUGCCACUCGCACUGCCGACGAUGUUGAGGAGGGCCCUGAGGAGCUUGAUUAAAUGUCUCAAUCUGCAGUUCUGCUUUAAUUCUUACUACCCCUGGCCGUUUUCUUUGCAUUUUCUAAUCUUCAUGUCUUUUUUUUUUUUACGAAAUUAUGGGAUCCUUUUCUUGUGCAUGAUUGCAUAGAUUCUAGGUUUAGUCUUCGCUGCAUGAUGAUCUGUUCUGCAGAAAUAAGGAGGGAAAAGUUUCCUUUCGACGAAUACAAUAACUGUUUUAAUACUGCUUGGUCUUCGGACUCUUGUCUCAGCAUGUAGAUUCUAAUUCUUCGAUCUCGAUAGGUAGAAUCCUCCUUACCAGGAUUUCGCAAUUCAUGUUGUGAGGAACUUGUAUUACACAUUACCUCAAGUGCUCGUUCUAUCGUUGAUCUCUUCCCAGGUUCGGGUCUAUGACUUUUCGUUAUAGGUUGAUGCUGGUGAUAUAUAUAGUCAUAUAUAGUCCUUGAUCAUGUACAGUAACCUAGGGAUAAUUCUCGUGUGAACCCUGAGACGAC